CGCCCCCCGCCCGCCUCUCCGUCCUCCGAGCCCGCUGAGCCUCAGAGCCUGCGGUCAGAGUGCGUCCUCGUCCGCGUGCGCGCCCUCCUGCCGGGCUCUCCGGGCCCUUCUCAGAGGACCUCGUCCAGUGGGUGAGAAGGCACCGCUCAACCAGCCCCGCCAGCAGCCUGGUUCCGAAGGAGCGCAGCUACCAGAGAGGUUCAUGCGCGAGGACGGAGUCUGGAGAAGAUUUUGCGGAGAUUUCGCGUUGUUAAGCCACCGUGUGAGUUUCAGGAAGAAGUGCCCAGACCAGAGAUUUUGUCAUAUGACUUCAUGACAAAUAGUGAAAUGUCAGGUUCUUCACCAUUUAAGAUGCGAUUAGUUCAUCUGGACCUUAAAGGAGCUCCACCAAAGGUCUCCUACCUCUCUGAGGUCUUUCCUCUGUUCCAUGCCCUGGGCGCCAAUGGGCUGCUCCUCGAGUAUGAAGACAUGUUUCCCUACGAGGGCCACCUGAGGCUGCUGAGGGCCAAGCACGCGUACAGCCCCCCUGAAAUCAAAGAGAUCCUGCAUCUGGCUGCACUGAAUGAGCUAGAGGUCAUUCCAUUGGUACAGACAUUUGGACACAUGGAGUUUGUGCUGAAGCAUGAGGCUCUCGCUCACCUCCGAGAAGUGGCGCUCUUCCCUAACACCCUGAACCCCCAUGAGGCGGAGUCCCUGGCUCUGGUGGGAGCCAUGAUCAGCCAGGUCAUGGAGCUGCACCCGGGCGCCCGGUGGCUCCACGUCGGCUGCGACGAGGUCUAUUAUCUUGGAGAGGGUGAGGCCUCGAGACGGUGGCUGCGACAGGAGCAUAACACCAAAGCAAGACUGUGUCUGUCCCACAUGAAGGCGGUGGCCUGCCACGUGCUGGCCCGGCACCCCGCCACGACGCCACUGGUGUGGGACGACAUGCUGCGGGCCAUCCCCGAGGACCAGCUCUCAGCGUCAGGGGUGCCACAGCUGGUGGAGCCCGUGCUCUGGGACUACGGGGCCGACCUGGACAUCCACGGCAAAGCUCUCCUCAUGGAAAAGUACCGCAGGUGCGGCUUUCUCCGGCUGUGGGCCGCCAGUGCCUUCAAGGGGGCCACAGGGGCGAGCCAGGCCCUGACCCCUAUCGAGCACCACCUCAGAAACAAUGUGCAGUGGCUGCAGGUGGCGGCCAGCGGGCCCGCAGACAUGCUGCAGGGCAUCGUCCUGACCGGCUGGCAGAGGUACGAUCACUUCUCCGUGCUGUGCGAGUUGCUGCCCGUGGGAAUCCCGUCCCUGGCCGUCUGUCUGCAGUCGCUCCUACACGGAGGCUUUACCGAAGACGUUAAAGCAAGAGUGGAGAACUUUCUUGGGAUCUCAAGCCUAGAAAUAACUGAUCUUAUGAGCGAGGGGGCCGGCUCCUUCCCUGGCAGCGACAUCCUGGCCCUCGUCACGCACGUCGGCCUCCACCUGCGCAGCUCUGUGGACACGCUCCUGGAGAGGGACAGGUACGUGACCGGCUGGUUCAGCCCCUAUCACCGCGGGCGGAAGCUCAUCCACCCGGUCAUGGUCCAGCACAUCCAGCCCCAGGCGCUCAGCCUCCUGGCCAGGUGGAGCACCUUGGUGCAGGAGCUGGAGGCCGCCCUGCAUCGUGUCUUCUACCCGGACGCCGUGGAGGAGUGGCUGGAGGAGAACACGCGGCCCAGCUUGCAGCGGCUGCAGGCUUUGGUGCAGGACCUCAGGGAGGCGGCCGGCGCCGGCCCCAGCCCCAGCCCACGCUCGGGUCAGGACCCCUGAGGGGAGGGGCCGAGCCGGAGUCAUCCCCUGGGGCCCCCCUAGGUCUGCCAGGCGCCUGGGACUGCCGGCCACAGGCAGCACCCACGGCGCAGACGGCCGUCGUUCGAAAGGCCAAUGGAAGGCAUCAUGUGCCGGGCCUACUUGCUAGUCUGCGUGGGAGCUUCAGCUCUUUUGAAAUAAAGGGAGUGGAAGCUAGAA